AUGCACUUCGAAUCCGCCGACUUAGCAAUCUGCUUCACCUGCGGCACUCAAUUCGACGCUCCCCUAACCUCCCCUCCAAGAAGUUGCCGCAUAUGCGAUGAUCCCCGCCAAUACGUCCCUGCAACAGGCCAAUCCUGGACCUCCCUAGCCGACUCGUCUCCCAAGCAAGAAAACGAAUUCUCCACCGACCAGCACGACUCCCACAUCCACUACAUCACCACCAAACCCAUAGUCCCCGCCGACCUGCCCGCAGGCCUCUCCGACGCAACGACCACGCGAAAGCAACUCGGCAUCGGCGAGCGCGCAAUUCUGCUGCAAACGCCUUCCGGCAACGUGCUCUGGGAUCUAAUUGCUUUCAUUGAUGAACCUACUCUUGAGUUUAUCAAGGGCAAGGGCGGGCUGAAGGCCAUUGUGAUCAGCCAUCCGCACUUUUACACCACGCAUCUUGAGUGGGCGCGGGUGUUCGGAUGUCCGGUGUAUGUGUGCAAAGCGGAUGAAGAGUGGCUGAACAGGGCGGAUAAGAAUGGCGUGCGGAAGUUCGUCAAGGGGACGGAGGAGAUAGUGCCUGGGGUGACUGCCAUCCAAGCAGGCGGUCAUUUCGACGGGUCCAUGUUCCUGCAUUGGGAGAAAAAGCUGUUUAUCGCUGAUACUAUGAUGUCUGUCCCCUCCGGCUUCUACCACAAAGACCGCCUCCCGGGCACCACCAGCUUUUCCUUUAUGUGGUCGUAUCCCAAUAUGAUUCCUCUACCGCCCGAGAAGAUCCACGGCAUCUGGAAAGCACUCAAGCCCUUUGAAUUCGACACGACGUAUGGCGGGUUUCCGGGCCAGAACGUGACGAGGCCGGAUUUGAAGGCACAGGUGCUGGAGAGUAUGAAGAUCUUCCUCAGGACUGCUGGACACGAGAAAGCGCCCGUAUAUGAUGAGACACUAUGAGUAAUGGACUGGAAGCCGGUGAAGCUUAGCAUUGACAGCAUCGGGCAGCUGGAGAGGAAGGGGGUAUGAGGGCCCUUGACCGGCUAGAUAGCAGUGACCCAAAUGUACCACAUGAAACAGUUUGCAAUGAGCAUUUAGUGAUGGCAAUUUCAUUACUGU